CACAAUGAAGCAGGGAGUUUCGUUCUGUCUCCCUUAAGAGGAGGCUGGGGCAGAAGCAACCUCACAGGUGUGAGUGGAGCAGCCACUGCUCCUGGGAUCACAGAAUGCAGCAAUGGCAUCUUCUGGUGGUCUCCUUCCUCCUUUCUCCAGUUCCAGCAAGUGCAAUAAAAGAACUCCCUAAAGCCAAGAAAUAUGAAGUGGUUUAUCCCAUAAGACUUCAUCCACUGCAUAAAAGAGAGACUAAAGAGCCAGAGCCAAAGGAAACAUUUGAAACUGAGCUAAGAUACAAAAUGACAGUAAACGGAAAGAUUGCUGUGCUGUAUCUGAAGAAGAACAACAAGCUCCUUGCACCAGACUACUCAGAAACAUACUAUAAUUCCAGUGGAGACAAAGUUACCACAAGCCCACAAAUCAUGGAUAGCUGUUACUACCAAGGACACAUCAUAAAUGAGAAAGUUUCUGCAGCCAGCAUCAGCACAUGUCAAGGGCUAAGGGGUUACUUCAGUCAAGGUGAUGAAAAGUAUUUUAUCGAACCUUUGAGCUCGGAGAACUUGGAUGAACAGGCACAUGCACUCUUCAAGGAUGACCCCAAUGAAGACCAGGAGAAGAGCGACUGUGGAGUGAAUGAUGCGCUAUGGUUCCAAGGGCUGCAUCAGGGCGUGGUCCUUCCUGCCACCAGGUUGAUUAAGGUGAAUGAUGGAAUAGUUCAAGAGCCUAAGAAAUACAUAGAAUAUUAUGUGGUCCUGGAUAAUGGUGAGUUUAAGAAAUACAAUAAAAAUCUUGCUGAAAUAAGAAAGAGAGUGCUUGAGAUGGCCAAUUACAUCAACAUGCUUUACAACAAGCUUGAUGCUCACGUGGCCUUAGUUGGAGUGGAAAUCUGGACCGAUGAGGAUAAAAUAAAGAUAACACCAGAUGCCAACACCACCCUGGAAAACUUCUCUAAGUGGAGGGGAAAUGAUCUGCUAAAACGAAAGCAUCAUGAUAUUGCCCAGCUCAUCUCCUCAACAGACUUUUCUGGAUCAACAGUGGGUCUAGCCUUCAUGUCUUCAAUGUGUUCGCCUUACCAUUCUGUUGGCAUUGUUCAGGACCACAGUAACCACCAUCUUCGAGUCGCGGGAACAAUGGCGCAUGAAAUGGGCCACAACCUUGGCAUGAUUCAUGACUACUUGAGUUGCAAGUGCCCAUCUGAAGUCUGUGUGAUGGAGCAAUCACUAAGGUUCCAUAUGCCUACAGAUUUCAGCUCCUGCAGUCGUGUCAAUUAUGGACAGUUUCUUGAAGAAAAAUUAUCACAUUGCCUCUUUAAUAGCCCGUUGCCAUCAGAUAUCAUAUCCACCCCAGUCUGUGGGAAUCAGUUAUUGGAAAUGAAUGAGGACUGUGACUGUGGUACACCCAAGGAAUGCACCAACAAAUGCUGUGAUGCAAGGACCUGUAAAAUUAAGGCAGGUUUCCAGUGUGCCCUGGGGGAAUGCUGUGAGAAAUGCCAACUUAAAAAACCUGGGGUUGUGUGCAGAGCAGCAAAAGAUGAGUGUGAUCUGCCUGAAAUGUGUGAUGGUAAAUCCAGCCAUUGCCCAGUUGACAGAUUCAGAGUCAAUGGCUUCCCUUGCCAAAAUGGGCUUGGCUACUGCUUGAAGGGCAGCUGCCCCACCCUUGAGCAGCAGUGCAUGGACAUGUGGGGCCCAGGAACCAAGGUUGCAAAUACGUCAUGUUACAAGCAGAAUGAAAGUGGAACAAGGUACGGAUACUGUCUCAUGAAGAAUGGCACACACAUGCCCUGCAAAGCGAAAGAUGCCAUGUGUGGGAAGUUGUUCUGUGAAGGCGGAUCAGGUGACUUGCCCUGGAAUGGACUUACAGUAUCUUUCCUGACAUGUAAAUUAUUUGAUCCUGAAGAUAUCAGUCAAGGAGUAGACAUGGUGGCCAAUGGAACCAAGUGUGGAAAUAACAAGGUGUGCAUGAAUGCUGAGUGUGUGGACAUGGAGAAGACAUACAAGUCAGCCAACUGCUCCUCGAAGUGCAAGGGGCAUGCAGUGUGUGACCAUGAACUUCAGUGUCAGUGCAAGGAAGGAUGGGCCCCUCCUGACUGCGAGGAUUCUGCCACAGUCUUCCACUUCUCCAUUGUGGUUGGCGUGCUUUUCCCCUUAGCAGUCAUAUUUGUGGUGGUUGCUAUAGUGAUCCAGCACCACAGUGCCAGAAGGAAGCAACGGAGAGUUCAGAGGCUAUCACCCACCAAAGAUGCUAAGCUACACAAGCAGAAGUGUAGACCCCAAAAGGUGAAGGAUGUUCAACCCCAGGAGAUGAGUCAGAUGAAAAAGCUCCAUGUGUCUGAUCUGCCCACUGAAGAGCAGGAUCCUCCACCUGACAUCCUAAUCACAAAGCCAAAUUUCCCACCACCACCAAUUCCUGUUUCCUUGGACCCAAAUGCAAAAGUCUGAAGCAACAGCUAAGCCAGGGUCGAUGAUCAGAUGGUCAGAGUGGAAGCCUCGAUGUUUUGGAUGGAAAAAAGACGUGCUUACUUCCUUAUUACUAGUGCUCUUGACCCUCAGAGGUUAACAUAUUCUGGUUUGUGCUGUAAUUUGAGGAAAUUAAAACAUUUAAGAAAGAUACAUUUUUGAAAAUCUCUGUGCUUAUUUAAGUGAUCUCCUUUCCAUAUUUCUAGGGAGAUAGCUAAAGGAAUGUAUAAACUGAAAAACUAAUUAGUUGAUUUCCCCUUUGUUUUUACUACAAUGUUGACUGACUGCUCAAAUAUCUUGAAGAUCUUAAUGUCCUCAUUUGAGGUGAUUGAUGUACCCUCUAAUGAAAAUAAAACAGAACAGAGAGGACAAAACAAAAUCAUAAGCCACUGGGGGGGUGGGCAGUGCAUUGAUUGCUAAAUAAGUAGCAGUGUCUUGAUUCUUUUAAUUUGUCAGCAUAGAACAUGCAGUUUUGUUUGUUUUGUUUUUUAAAAUGUAAGCACCUGGUUCUAUGUCCUUGCUAGUCUUUCUUCUGAAAUUUUAUUCACUUGUUAUUUUGGGAGUGUUCUACUAUCCAGUAAAAUGUGUUUAUUAAAAAAUGUAGUCAUAGAUAUUUGUAUGCCAAAUACUAGCAUAGUUAAAGCGAGCUUCCCUUUCUAAAUAGAGAGUGUUUCAGCUAAAGAAGUGAAUAUAAACCAAAAGUUACACAGUGGAGACCUGUUGGCCAGGGUUUGGAUUGCAGAUGUGUUUUAUUUGGUCUAAAUCAAAGAUGUUGACCACACAGAGUUUAUUUUUUAAAACUGUUUUUGGUAUCGUAGAAAUAAAUCUUAAGUUGUGAGAUCUUGCAUAAGCAUCUAAAUUCCUAGAUUUAAAAAAAAAAUCAGAUAGUCUGUCAACAAUAUAACAACAUUGUCUUUAACAUCUUCAGCUUCAUUGACAUAUGGCAGAACCAACAUGUUUGGUUGGGUACCAAAUACCCCCUGUCUUGCUCUAAGAACUCUAAUUUAGUCUUGCUGUCUGGUUUUUGAAUAAUGGGCACCACUCCAUACAUGUUAUUCUAACCCACUCAUAAAAAUCACAAUUUUGUUUUGUCAGAGCUUUGUAAAUAGAUGGGUAACUCCCCAUUUUGUCCCUGUGGAUGAGGGAGGAGGCAUGUUGGGAAAUUUCUGAGGAAUAUUUCCCCAUUCAUCCUUUCUUCUGGCUGUUGACAUCUGGUACUGCUGCAGCUGUGCUGAGAUCUGAAGACAAGGAUGAUAUGAACAAGAUAGAGCAUGGAGAUAAACAAAAUCCAAGUGCACUUCCUAAGAUGUUAUUGAACUGGUAGAUUAACAAUUGUUGAACUAGGUCCACUUUUUACUGGGACUUCUU